GGAGGAGGAGGAGGAGGAAGAGGCGGGACCACCGCAACGACAGACUAGAAAAGUAUCGUGUCUUUGUAGCAUCUGAGCGCGUGUUCAUCAGCUCCUACACGAUUUUAAUGAUUCUGGGGAUCUGUAUUGUCCUGAGCUGGCUGUGACGCCCAGACUGGUAGGACAGGGUUUUGGGCGCCGCCGAGAGGUCUCGUGCGAGCAUUUGACGUGAAGGGAGUCGCGAUCGGUCCAACUUCAGGGUUGGGUGGUUUCUCGAUCGACAGAAGAGGGAGAGAGAGAGAGAGAGAGAGAGAGCGGGGAAGAGCGUAGUGGUUGAUCCGACGAGGAUUUGAUGUUCCCAUCUAUGCCCUGGUUCACUGUUUUGACUCCUGAGAGUUCACUAUGACAGAUUGCGGGAGCAUUGAGCUGCGCGCUGAAGGGAUCGAUUGAUCGGUUACACCAGGAAAAGAUAUGUACCCUAUGUAGAGCUCACGAAACUUGUCUAAAGCGGAAUCGUGAGCAGUUCUCAUAACUACGACCAUGGCAGCGUGUCAGCAGACUCUCUCCCAGUUCGGUUCUCAGUACAGCUUGACGUACGCCAGUCUGCCCAGAGCGCCUGUAUCCACAUGUACACAUAAAGCUCACUGGCUUAAGGCCCUUAGGUUCACAGGACUCAGGAGGGCAUCUCUGAAUCUGUCUCCGAGGGACAGAUUGCACCAGAGGCAGCAGAGUUGCCUGCAUUUUUCAGAUGUAUCACCUGUCAAAGGGUUAGGCUUGAAGCCGGUGUUGGCGGGUCUGUCGGGGGUGCCAGAAGGAAAUCUUGGACUCUAUGAUCCUUCUUUCGACAAGGACUCAUGCGGUGUUGGCUUUGUGGCAGAACUAUCUGCCAAACCAAACCGAAAAAUCGUAGCUGACGCGAUAGAAAUGCUGGUGCGCAUGAAACAUCGAGGUGCCUGCGGGUGCGAAGUGAACACUGGUGACGGAGCCGGUAUUCUAGUCUCAUUACCUCAUGACUACUUUGCAAAGGUGCUGAGAGAGGAUUUAGAUUUGGAUCUUCCUCCCAUCGGUAAGUACGCCGUCGGCAUGGUUUUCUUACCAACGAUUGAACACAGGCGCGAGGAAAGCAAAAAGGUGUUCAAUAAGGUUGCAGAAUCACUUGGGCACAAGAUUCUGGGAUGGCGCCCCGUCAAGACUAAUAACUCUGGACUUGGAAAGGGAGCAAUCGACACCGAACCUGUUGUUGCACAAGUCUUCCUUACUCCAAGCUCCCGCUCCACCAAUGAUUUUGAGCAACAGAUGUAUAUAUUGAGGAAGACUUCAAUGAUUGCAAUUCGAGCUGCUCUAAAUUUAGCUUACGGAGCUUCAAAAGAUUUCUACAUAUGCUCGCUUUCCUCCCGGACCAUUGUGUAUAAGGGUCAGCUGAAGCCAGAUCAGUUGAAAAACUAUUACUACAACGAUUUGGGUGACGAGCGAUUCACAAGUUACAUGGGACUGGUUCACUCCAGAUUUUCUACCAACACCUUUCCGAGCUGGGACCGAGCUCAACCCAUGCGAGUUCUAGGCCACAACGGCGAGAUUAAUACCCUUCGUGGCAACGUGAACUGGAUGCACGCAAGAGAGGGUUUACUACAAUGUAAUGCGUUAAACUUAACAAAAGAUGAGCUCCAGAAGCUUCUACCAAUUGUCGAUGCUGGAUCCUCAGAUUCUGGGGCAUACGACGGAGUGCUUGAACUUCUCAUGCGGAGCGGUAGGGACCUACCUGAAGCAGUUAUGAUGAUGAUCCCUGAAGCCUGGCAAAAUGACAAGCUCAUGGAUCCAGAGAGGCGUGCAAUGUAUGAGUAUUUUUCAUGCCUCCUCGAGCCGUGGGAUGGUCCAGCUCUCAUCUCAUUUACCGACGGGCGGUAUUUGGGAGCUAAGCUGGAUCGGAACGGAUUACGUCCAAGUCGAUAUUAUAUAACGCACGAUCAGAGAGUAAUAAUGGCUAGUGAAGUUGGUGUUGUCGACGUCGAUUCUAAAAACGUGUUUAAAAAGGGUCGCCUUUUUCCUGGUAUGAUGCUUUUGGUGGAUUUUGAGAAGCACAAAGUUGUUGAUGAUGAAGAGCUCAAAAAGAAGUACCAAAGUCGGUACCCAUACGCUGAGUGGCUACAACGCCAGAAGCUCACGCUGGAAGAGAUUGUGGAAUCUGUUCCCGAGGAAAAGCGAGUGACGCCCCCCAUCAUUGGAGCGCUGGAGGUGAAAACUUCGGACGAAACAAUGGAUCAUAUGGGAACGAGAGGGAUCAUAGCCCCUCUGCGAGCUUUUGGAUACACGUCGGAGAGCUUGGAGUUGCUGUUAUUACCCAUGGCGGAUGACGGUACGGAGGCCUUAGGGUCCAUGGGUAAUGAUACGCCUUUGGCCGUGAUGUCUGAUCGACCUAGGCUCUCCUUUGAGUAUUUCAAGCAGAUGUUUGCUCAGGUUACCAAUCCGCCAAUUGAUCCCAUCCGUGAAGCAGUAGUCACAUCGACAGAGUGCAUGGUUGGUCCAGAGGGCGACCUAACAGAAGUUGCAGAGUCGCAGUGCCAUCGUCUCUCGCUCAAGUCUCCUCUUUUGACAUUGAAGGAAAUGGAAGCCUUAAAGAAGACAAAUUAUCGUGGUUGGCGGUCGAAGGUUAUUGACAUCACUUUCCCAAAAUCAGAUGGAAUUGACGGACUUGAAAUGGCGCUGGAUCGCAUCUGUGCUGAGGCAAGGCUUGCCGUAAGUGAUGGAUACACUGUUCUUGCCCUUUCAGAUCGAGCUACGUCGGCACAGCGAGUACCAGUAAGCUCCUUAAUAGCUGUGGGGGCUGUGCAUCACCACUUGGUGGCGUCACUGGAACGCACACGGGUUGCGCUGGUUAUUGAAACUGGGGAACCCCGUGAGGUGCAUCACUUCUGCACGUUGGUAGGAUUUGGUGCGGACGCUAUAUGUCCCUACUUGGCCAUUGAAAGUAUUUACAGGCUUCAGGUUGAUGGGAAAGUCGCACCAAAGAAGGAUGGUACACUGUGGAGUCGCGAGGAGAUUGUUGCUAAGUACUUCAAAGCUAGCAACUCUGGCAUGCUUAAAGUUCUUGCUAAAAUGGGGAUCUCAACGUUGGCCUCAUACAAAGGAGCUCAAAUUUUUGAAGCACUUGGGCUUUCUACUGAGGUUGUUCAACGGUGUUUUAAGGGUACACCAUGCCGAAUUGAGGGUGCAACGUUUGAAAUGCUUGCUCAAGACAUGUUGCGUAUGCAUGAACUUGCCUUCCCGUCUCGUCACCUACCAGACGGUUGCGCUGAUGCCGUAGCAUUGCCCAACCCUGGGGACUACCACUGGCGUUUGAGAGGGGAGAUCCACAUGAAUGAUCCUGAUGCCAUUGCGAAGCUUCAAGAGGCGGCUAGAACUGGCAGCACUGCUGCCUACAGAGAGUACUCCCAAAUUAUUCAAAAACUAAAUAGGAAGUGCAACUUGCGCGGGUUGUUGAAAUUCAAGGAUUUACCGGAAUCCGAACAAAUUCCGUUAGAUGAGGUAGAACCCGCAUCGGAAAUUGUGAAGAGAUUUGUCACUGGUGCUAUGAGCUAUGGAUCCAUCUCUUUGGAGACUCAUACGACACUUGCGGUAGCCAUGAAUCGACUAGGAGGAAAGUCUAAUACAGGAGAGGGUGGCGAGCAGCCGGAGCGCAUGGAACCACUUGAGGACGGUAGUAUGAAUCCCAUGCGGAGCGCUAUUAAACAAGUUGCAAGUGGGCGUUUCGGUGUGACGAGUUACUACCUCACAAAUUCAGACGAGAUUCAAAUUAAAAUGGCUCAGGGAGCAAAGCCUGGAGAAGGAGGAGAGUUACCAGGACAUAAAGUGAUCGGAGACAUUGCAAUCACGAGGAACUCUACUGAGGGUGUUGGCCUCAUCAGUCCGCCUCCACACCAUGACAUCUACUCUAUUGAAGAUCUUGCACAGCUUAUCUAUGACCUCAAGAAUUCCAAUCCAGGAGCGCGUAUCAGUGUGAAGCUUGUUUCAGAAUCUGGAGUUGGAGUGGUUGCAAGUGGAGUUGUUAAAGGCCAUGCAGACCAUGUUCUUAUUGCUGGACAUGAUGGAGGAACUGGCGCGAGCAGAUGGACUGGCAUCAAGAAUGCAGGACUACCAUGGGAGCUUGGGCUAGCUGAGACGCACCAAACUUUAGUUGCCAAUGGGCUACGGGGACGCACAACUGUCCAGACAGAUGGUCAGCUGAAAAAUGGACGAGAUAUUAUGGUAGCUGCCCUUCUAGGAGCUGAGGAGUUUGGGUUUUCGACUGCUCCUUUAAUUACAUUGGGUUGCAUCAUGAUGCGCAAAUGCCACAAGAAUACAUGCCCUGUAGGCAUUGCAACUCAGGACCCAGUUUUGAGGGAAAAGUUCGCUGGACAGCCUGAGCAUGUUAUCAACUUCUUUUUCAUGGUGGCGGAGGAAGCUAGGGAGAUCAUGGCCUCGUUGGGGAUUCGUAAGAUGGACGACCUUAUUGGUCGAGCGGAUCUUUUAGAGAUGGACAGGGAAGCAAUGGGAGAGAACGAGAAAGUGGGCAACAUAGAUCUAUCUUUACUUCUGCGCCCAGCUGCUGAGAUCCGGCCUGGUGCUGCGCAACGGUGCGUCGAAGCACAAGAUCACAACCUGGAGGAGGCUUUGGAUCAGAAGCUAAUUGCCCUCGCACAACCAGCCUUGACAAAAAAAGUACCUGUGUAUGUUGAAACACCGGUUGUCAAUGUGAAUCGAGCUGUGGGUACUAUGCUCAGCCAUGAGGUGACCAAGCGAUUCAACCGUACAGGGCUUCCUACAGAUACUAUUCAUGUGAAGCUCAAUGGCAGUGCAGGACAAAGUCUAGGUGCCUUUUUAUGCUCUGGAAUCACACUUGAGCUCGAGGGUGACAGUAAUGACUACGUCGGAAAAGGUUUGUGCGGUGGGAAGAUUAUAGUGUACCCCCCAGCGGAUAGUACCUUCGACCCAAAAGAGAAUAUAGUGAUUGGUAAUGUAGCAUUGUACGGAGCCACAAGUGGAGAAGCCUACUUCAAUGGUAUGGCUGCAGAAAGAUUUGCUGUUCGUAACUCGGGGGCGAAUGCAGUCGUGGAAGGGGUUGGUGAUCAUGGCUGUGAAUAUAUGACCGGAGGUAAGGUGGUCGUGCUUGGAGAGACGGGCAAAAAUUUUGCAGCGGGCAUGAGUGGCGGCAUUGCCUAUGUCCUUGACAAGGAAGGUCUGUUUCCGAAGAAGUGCAAUACGGAGCUGGUGGAUUUAGAUCCUGUGGAAGAGGAGGAUGACAUUAUGACGCUUAGGUCCUUGAUUCAACAGCACCAACGUGCUACUAAUAGCCGUCUUGCGCGAUAUGUCCUCAAUCAUUUCGAAGCGUUGCUUCCGAACUUUAUCAAGGUUUUCCCGAGGGACUACAAGCGUGUGGUCAAUGAAAAGAAGGCGAAGGAAGCAGCCGAAAUAGCCGCAAAAGAAGAAGAGAUAGAGCUCUCGAAGAAAGAUGCUUUUGCCGAACUUCAAAAGCUUGCGGCGCAAAGCGCCCCUGCCAUUGCGGGCAUCAACGCAGCAUCGAAUGGUGCCUCGAAGGUAGAACGACCAACAAAGAUCUCUGAUCCCCAAAAGCACGGAGGAUUUGUUAAGUACGAGCGCGAGUCUCUGCCAUUAAGACCUACUGAGGAGCGUUUGCAAGAUUGGGAUGAGGUUGUUGAGCAUGGCAUCAACGAAUCCCUUCUCAAGACUCAGUCAGCCAGGUGUAUGGAUUGUGGAACUCCGUUCUGCCAUCAGGACCAUAGUGGGUGUCCAUUAGGAAACAAGAUUCCUGAGUGGAAUGAGCUUGUGUACCAAGGAAGAUGGCGAGAAGCUUUGGACAGGCUCUUAGAAACUAAUAACUUUCCCGAGUUUACCGGUCGUGUUUGCCCUGCUCCAUGUGAAGGCGCCUGUGUUCUUGGGAUCAUUGAGAAUCCAGUCACCAUUAAGACCAUGGAGUGUACUAUCAUCGACAAAGGCUGGGAAAUGGGUUGGAUGGUGCCACGGCCCCCGGAAGAGCGAACCGGGAAGAAAGUCGCAGUAGUUGGAAGCGGGCCGGCUGGGUUGGCAGCUGCUGACCAACUCAACAAAGCUGGUCAUACAGUGACCGUGUAUGAGCGUUCUGACCGCGUAGGUGGUCUCAUGAUGUAUGGUGUUCCAAACAUGAAGACAGAUAAGAUUGACGUUGUUCAACGGAGGGUCGACUUGAUGGCUGCUGAGGGUAUCAAGUUCGUUACUAAUGCUCAUGUCGGUAUGGAUCCAUUAUACUCGAUUGACACCUUACGUGCGGAUAAUGAUGCCCUUCUGCUAGCUUGCGGCGCUACAAAGCCCAGGGACUUGCCCAUUCCUGGCCGAGACUUGAGCGGAGUACAUUUCGCAAUGGAAUUUUUGCACGCAAACACAAAGAGCCUGCUGGACAGUGGGCUUCAAGAUGGCAACUACAUAUCAGCGAAAGGAAAGAAGGUGGUGGUUAUUGGAGGUGGUGAUACAGGAACCGAUUGUAUUGGAACCUCCGUCCGCCAUGGGUGCUCUGCUAUGACCAAUCUUGAGCUUCUCCCUCAACCCCCUCCUACAAGGGCGCCUGGAAAUCCUUGGCCACAGUGGCCUAGAAUAUUCAGGGUCGACUACGGACAUGAGGAGUCCGCUGCAAAAUUUGGUACUGACCCGAGGACUUACGAAGUAUUAACGAAGAGAUUUAUUGGAAACGAUGAAGGAAAAUUGACUGGGUUGGAGAUCAUUCAAGUGAAGUGGGAAAAGGACUCGACUGGCAAGUUCCAGAUGCAGGAGAUUCCUGGAUCAGAAAAAAUAAUUGAAGCAGAUCUCGUCUUCCUAGCACUUGGCUUUCUGGGACCAGAGCAAAACAUCGCCGAGAAGUUGGGCCUAGAAUGCGACCCCAGGUCGAACUUCAAGGCCGAUUACGGCCAGUUCACAACAAAUCUGGAAGGUGUGUUUGCGGCAGGAGAUUGUCGGAGGGGUCAGUCACUGGUAGUGUGGGCAAUAGCUGAAGGACGACAAGCUGCCGACAAAGUAGACAAUUAUCUGAUGAAAGAUGUCCCAGUUGAGGAAAAUGCUAAGUCGCAUGUGGAAGGUAAUGGCUAUGGGGUUGGGAAGCCGAAAGAACGACGGUACCCGGAAGGUUUGGACAAAGCCAAAGAAGAAGCUGUGGAAGCGUGCAUUGCAGUACAUGGCUCCGAAGAUUCGGACGCGUUGAAAAAGUGUGUCGAGUUGAGUGUGGAGACUGCUGCACUAGGCGAUAACAGCGUUGUAUCUGAGCAAAGCUACUAGUAAAAAUUAGUUUACUUUUGUAGGUUGUGAUUAGAAUAGAAGGGUUGUUUGUUAGACUUGCAACCAGUAAUUUCGACAUGAACAAAGCUUGCUUACAUUAUUGUUGUCACAAAAGUAUGCAAGGGCAGCACUAUAAUGUAGUACACGUAGUAAUAUAAUUUGAACAAUGAACAUUGUUCAAAAUGCCAAAAGAAUUUUGCAGAUAUGCUUUUA